UUCGAUUUCGCCGACUUUCGACAACAUCGCACCAUGCAGAUCUUUGUCAAGACCCUCACCGGCAAGACCAUUACGCUCGACGUGGAGCCGUCCGACUCGAUUGACAAUGUCAAGCAGAAGAUUCAGGACAAGGAAGGGAUUCCUCCGGAUCAGCAACGACUCAUCUUUGCCGGCAAGCAGUUGGAGGAUGGCCGCACGUUGAGCGACUACAAUAUCCAGAAGGAGUCGACCCUGCAUUUGGUUCUUCGCCUCCGCGGUGGUUGCUAAACCGAAUAACGUUAAUACAACAUUCCAAAUACUCGUA